CUAAUUUUUGCCCCCCUUUUCGUCAUUUCCGAUCGAAUUCUGGUUCUUUUUUCAUCUUUUUCCUUCUAUGUUUCUAUUAUUCAUCGUCAAUUAAAUCUCACAUUCGACUUCUAUUCUUUUUUCUGUGCUGAUUGAUCCCAAUUUCAACUGUAUCCUUUUUCUUUCCAUUUUUUAGGUCUACGAUUCACAAACUUCCGAUAUGUUGUUUUGAUCUCAAGAUCCGUAAAAACACUUAUAAAUUAAGCGAUUUUUGGGUUCUGGGUUUCGUUCAUUUCGUCAAAAUUAUUUUGGCAGCAUUUUUCGGUUUUAAUUAAUAAGUGAAGCAUGGUACAAAAGCGACCGCUUUAUGAUGAGGAACCACACGACAUUAUUUGCAAGCACCCAAGACAAGUGGAAUACAAGAAUCGGCUAGUUUCAUUUUCAGAAUUUGUUUCUUCAGAGGUAGAUUCUCCGACUUCUGAAGUUCCAGGUGAGUGUGGACUCACUGAAAAUGAUACUGAAGGCCAUGAGAGGCUUGCAAAUGACAUAGUUGCUAGAUUCCCAGUUAGUGCAGAGAAGGAUGUAGAGACCAUUGUUCCUGGAAGAAGUAUCUCUUCCUUUGCUACCAUCAGUGCUUGUCAUGAGUUUUCUCUUCCUGACAUGCCAGUGUAUAUAUCUCAUCCCAAAGAAUAUUUUAGUCCUGAGCAUCCAAUAAGGACAGCAGCUCACCAUGAGGAUAGGUAUUCUUUACUUUUGCGUUGUCCUCCACAAAAAGCAGUUCCAAUUGGAUUGAAUCAUCAAGCUAGUAUUCCAGAAUGGAGUCCUUGUUAUAGUGAGACAAUAUCAAAUACUUCUGGAGCACCUGAAACAACUUUGGAUGCUAACCUUGUUUUUGUGGAGGAAGAUGUGGAUCGGCUGAUGGGGACUUGUGUUAUUCCAAUGCCUGAUUUGGAACUUACUGGUGAGGUUGUAAAUGGUAGGAUUGACUGUAAUUGCCUGGAUGAGGGUUCUAUCAGAUGUGUGAGACAGCACAUUGUUGAAGCAAGGGAGAAACUUAAGAGACACCUUGGAGGGGAGAAAUUUGAGGAGAUGGGGUUCCACGACAUGGGAGAAACAGUGGCAGAUAAAUGGAGUGAGGAGGAAGAACAAGUAUAUCAUGAUCUUGUAUUUUCAAAUCCUAUGUCAUUGGGCAAAAACUUUUGGGACCAUCUUUCUGCUGUCUUCCCUUCUCGAACCAAAAAGGAUAUAGUCUGCUACUACUUUAAUGUCUUUAUGCUUCGAAGGCGAACUGAACAGAACAGAUAUGACUCAGUAAGCAUUGAUGACAGUGAUGAUGAUGAGUGGCAGGGGGAUGAUGAUUAUGAUAAUGAACUUGGAAUGACAGAGGAAGAUGAAGACUCCGGUAUUGAGUCUCCUGUCCAUCUAGAUGUUUGUACUCGUAAUCACUACCGGAAAUAUGAUUUACAUGAUGCUGUAAAUGAAAUUUCUGAUUUUGCUUGUGAUAGGGACAUCAGCAAGGUUUUAGGAACAUGCCCUAGGAUAUCACUCAAUUUUUGUAAUUCCAACUCUCAUCUCCUGGAUGUUCCUUCUGAUAAAAGGGUUGAUCAAGAAGGACAAGAUGACUCGUGCACAUCCUCUGAUACAGUGGCUUCUUCACAAGGGACUGAGGUGAAGGUUGAAAUUGAUGAUCACUGGCCAUGUAGUUUCAAUGAACCUUGUGGAAGUGGCGGGGAUCAUGUUUUAGAACCUUGUGAUGUCAAAGUUUGGGAUAAUGAUUAUAUGAUAUGCCCAAAAAGUAAAGUUGACUUUUUGCCUACUUGCAGUAUGAUUGAGGAGGUUUUCGGGGAUGGUUCAUGGAAUUACAAGGCAAAAGAUUACUAGAGCCCAAGCUAAUGCCAGUGCUUCUCUUUCAACUAAAGGUGAUUGGGAAAGCUCUUGUUCUCCAAGGCUUUGGUUUGAAGCCACUGACCAACAAAUUUUUAUUGUGGGAAGCAUAAGGAAUUCUAACCAAGAAAGGGGUGCCUGUGUGUGCACGCGCACGUUGUGGUGUAACGGGAAAGCGCACCGUUCAUUGUAAGAUAGUGUUUUGGAAUAUUAGUUUCAGUCGCCUAGGUUUAAAUGUAUUCUUUAGUUAGUGUUCAGAUUAUGCAAUUUCCAGUUGCUCACUACAGAUGUCAAAGUUUAAGGAUCUCUCCCUUGUUAGGAGGCAGACAGCAUGUAAGGGGUAUGGGGUUCUAUCAUGUAAUCUUAAAUAUAUUUUACAUCCAAUGGAAAAAAAAUAGUAUUUGCAUAAAA